UAUACAUGUCCCAGUUGCUUUUGUAGAAGUGACCUUGCCCUAAGCCACCAGAACUGACGUGUUCAGGAAAUCAGCUGAUCGCGGAGUCCCGAGGCUGCGCUAAAAGCGGCAACACCUGCCCCCCAGCGGAGUCUGGUCACUUAUCACUUUCAGUCCAAGUCCACAGCCGCUGACCCACAGGCCCUCCUCCCUCCCUUUCCUCUGCUUCAUGUUCCCCGCCGGUCGAACAGUCCGUGCCCGGAUCAGAUCGGAUCGGUUCAGUUCUCCUUAAACGCACUGCCCUCGCUAUGCUCCACAACGGCAACGAGCCUGCCCCGUUAUCGCCUGCCAAGUUGGGUAAACCAGCGGGAGCCGGAGCCCCCAGCCUUCUCAACCACCCGCAGUCCCGGCCCGAGAUCAGGAAGAAUGCCAUCACUGACGACUACCGAGUCUCCGCUAACGUCCUGGGGCUGGGAGUCAACGGCAAAGUGUUGGAAUGUUUCCACAAGAAAACGGGAGAGAAGUGCGCUCUGAAGAUUCUCUACGAUAGUCCAAAGGCACGACGUGAAAUGGACAUGCACUGGAGGGCCUCCAGCACUCUCCACAUUGUCCGAAUAAUUAACAUCUAUGAGAACAUGCACCAUGGAAAGCGGUGUCUCUUGAUAGUGAUGGAAUGUAUGGAAGGAGGUGAAUUAUUCAACAGGAUCCAGGAUCGGGGUGAUCAGGCAUUUACCGAGAGGGAGGCCUCAGAAAUAAUGAGGGAUAUAGGAAGUGCUAUUCAGUACCUCCAUGCAAUGAACAUUGCUCACCGGGAUGUCAAGCCGGAAAACCUGUUGUAUACUUCGAAAGAUUUGAGCGCAAUCCUCAAGCUCACGGAUUUUGGGUUUGCUAAAGAAACAACACUUCACAACUCUCUGGCAACGCCCUGCUACACACCGUACUAUGUUGCUCCAGAGGUGCUGGGCCCAGAGAAAUACGACAAGUCGUGUGACAUGUGGUCCCUGGGAGUGAUCAUGUAUAUUCUGCUGUGUGGGUAUCCUCCGUUCUACUCCAAUCAUGGCCUGGCCAUUUCUCCUGGUAUGAAGAAGAGGAUUCGGAUGGGGCAGUAUGAAUUUCCAAACCCAGAGUGGUCAGAUGUCUCCGAGGAAGCGAAAGAUCUGAUCCGGCAGGUGCUGAAGACCGAUCCCACAGAGCGAAUGACAAUCACCGAGUUUAUGAACCAUCCCUGGAUUAAUCAAUCGAUGGUGGUUCCUCAGACUCCACUACAUACGAGCAGGGUACUCCAAGAAGAAAAAGAUAUGUGGGAGGAGGUGAAGGAUGAAAUGACAAGCGCACUCGCCACCAUGCGUGUCGACUACGACCAGGUGACAAUUAAGGACUUGGACAAAACCAGCAACCCUCUCUUGAACAAGAGACGAAAGAAGCAGACCUCGUCAGCACGGUCCUCAUCAGCAAUCUGCAGCAAUCAGUGAAGGGAGGACCAGACAGCAACAGGACUGGGGAUACUUUUUAACACACAGCAAGAAACUGAAGGCUUAUUAAACUCCAGCACAGCCAGUUCAGCCCGACCAAGGCUGGAGGUUCUCAACAACAAUAGAGGAUGGUUUCUACUGGCAUUGACAACACAUCUGGGAAAGGGAAGGCAGCUCAGCUGUGCUCUGCUGUUCCCCAGGAUCCCAAAUCCUUUCCUUUCUGUACCAUUGUGUUGCUCCUUUUGUUCUGAACAGUUUUUAUCCUGGUGUUUUAAUUAGGUUGAAACUUUGCAUUGGCAUUGAUGAAAGAAUGACAAAGAGGGAGGGGCUAAGCAAUGAAGAUGUACAUUAGUGCUGCAGGCUCACUUGUGAGUGGUAAGUGUGCUAUUAACUGAACACACAUCACACACAGGACUUUUGGGUCCUUCUGCUAUGAAGCAGCUAAUGUUUGAAGUGCCACUUGUGAUCAGUAGAGACCUUUAGAGGGUAGAAUUGGGGGCUAGCUGAGAAGGUGGCCACCUCCCUGUCACUGACUCUGUACGGCAGCCUGAUAUGUCCUGGUGGAGCUGCAACAGGAACUCUGGGCAUUGAACGACAUGUCUGUAAAGUAAACGUGAUAAUGGGGAGGGAGCCCAGGCUCAUGUAUAACGAAUAGUCACUGGCAGCAGAUACCAUGAGGCAGUUGCCAGCCAUGGAAUCUCUACCCCGGCAAGAGCCUUCAGGAGAGGUGUGGGAGCAAACAAGUGGAGCACUGUAAGGGUCAGAGUCAAAAUCAAAGGUUAAACCAAAGGGCAGUGUCUGAGGCUUUUGUGAUGAUCCAAGGUUUGCUGAGGUACUAAUGAUAGGCAUGUAAGAAUUUUUUUGAAAAUGUUUUGCCAUCAAGGUAAAACUAUUCAUUAAAUUGUAGGCAAGGCAAACUUUGUCAGAUUACGAUAGGCAAUUUUUUUUUAUUUGUACUUAAAAUUGCCACAUAGUUGUCCUGAUAAAUCAGAGGUUUAAAAAAAAACUGGCAUUUUCUUUAAGCACCUUUUAUGACCUUAGAAUGCACCAAAGCAUUUUUCAGCCAGUGAAGUACUUUUGAAUUGUUGCAACGUAGCAAAUGUGGUAAUGGAUUCUCACCUCAAGCCACUUCCACCAUUCAAUGCGAUCAUGGCUGACAUUUGACCUAACUCCACUCCACUAACUCCUUCGACCCAUAUCCCUCAAUAUCUUUGGUUCACAAAAAUCUAUCAAUCUCAGAUUUGGAAUUAAGAAUUGAUCUAGCAUCAAUUACCAUUUCAGAAGCGAGUUCCAAACUUCUGCUACCAUUUGAGUGUGGAAAUGUUUCCCAAUUUCAUUCCUGAAACAUCUGGCUCUAAUUUUUAGACUGUGCUCACUAGGCCAGCACCAUCACCAGCCACUCCCCCUCCUACUCAACUGCUCUAGAAGCUGGUGAUUGUUCAAGGCUUUAAUAAUUAGGUGAGUGGGUAGGUAAUUGCUCAGUAAGUUUUAAGAUAUUAUCCCUCUAAACGGGGGCACUGGUUUAAACCAGUACUGGGAAGAUGAUCGGGAUUGCAUUAAAUUUAUAGCUUUAACAAUUAAACUGCUUAAAAUAACUAGAGAUAACAGUUGAGUGAUAUUUCUAAACUUGAAACCUAAUUAGUUAAAUAAAAGACAAUAUAGAUGACAAGCCAGAUGAUGUGUUGCAGUCGUAUCACAUGGAAGCUGGUGGACAUCAGUGUGAUCCACAACAACCAUAUCUGCAGUAAGUGUCUGCACCUCAAGGCACUUUGGCUCCGAGUUGAUGAACUGGAGUCUGAGCUGCAUCAGGAAGGGGGAAAGUUAUCUGAACACUUUGUUCCAGGAGGUUAGGUACCCCUUAGGCCAGGUACUUCUGAUUUGGUCCAUGAUCAGGGACAGAAGGCUGUGACUAUGGGGGUCUAGAAGGUAGCAGUGGAGGAGCCCUUGCAAUUUUUCAACAGGUUCAAAGUUCUUGCAGCUUGUGUGGAUGAGAGCAGGGACUGCAGGAAAAUUAAGCAAACCAACAAUGGCACCGUAGUGCAGGGAACCAUUCAAGUGGGGGGAGUAUAAAGAAAUGUAGUUGUAGUAGGGAACAGUAUAGUUAGGGGAAUAGAUAUUGUUUUCUGCAGUUGAGAGUGUGAAUCCCAAAAGCUGUGUUGCCUGUCCAGUGCUAGAGUUAAGGACAUCUUUUCAAGGCUGGUGAGGAACUUGGAGUGGGAGGAGAAGGAUCCAGUUGCUGUGAUCCACAUAAGUACCAAUGACAUAGGUAGGACUAAGAGAGAGGACCUGUUAAGAGAGUGUGAGCAGCUGAGUGGUAAAUUAAAAAGCAGAACCACAAGGGUAAUAAUCUCUGGAUUGCUACCUGAGCCAUGAGCAAAUUGGCAUAUGGUAAAUAAGAUUAGAGAGUUGAAUGCAUAGCUUAAAGAUUGGUUUGGAAGAAAUGGGUUUCGAUUCAUGGGGCAACUAGGGAAAGAGGGAGCUGUACUGUUAGGGCAGUCUUCAGCUGAACCACACUGGAACCAGUGGGACUGUCUAAUUGUACAACUAGGACUGGAGAGAGGACUUUAAAUAAUGCAGAGUAACGAUACAUGUAAUGAUAACCAGAGUGUAACAGGAAGGGACAGAGCAUACAAACAGAGUGCACCGGCAAACCAGGUCAGGGUAAGGAAAAAUAGUAAAAAGACAGAAUUAAAGGCUCUUUAUCUGAAUACACAGAGCAUUCAUAAACAAAAUGGAUGAAUUGAUAACACAAAUAAAAAUUAGUUUGGCAUGAUAGCCACUAUAGAGGCAUGGUUGCAAAGUGGCCACAACUGGCACCUGAAUAUUCAAGGGGAUUUGACAUUUCAGAAGGACAGAAGGAAGGAAAGAGAUGGGGGUGGCUCUGUUAAUAAAGAAUGAGAUCAGUACAGUAGCAAGAAAUAAUCUUGGCUCGGAAGAAUAGAAUCAGUUUGGGUGGAAAUAAGAAAUAGCAAAGGAAAAAGUCACUGGUGGAAGUGGUUAUAGACAGCCUGAUAGUAGAUACACUAUGGGACAGAGAAUAAAUCAAGAAAUAAUUGGAGCUUGCAAGAAAGGUGCUGCAAUAAACAUGGGAGAUUUUAAUCUUCAUAUAGAUUGAAGGAGUCAAAUUGGCAAAAGUAACCUGGAGGAUGAAUUUGUAGAAUGUAUUCAGUGCAUUCUGGAACCAACCAGGGAACAGGCUAUUCUGUCGAAGGGUCAUGAGGACUCGAAACGUCAACUCUUUUCUUCUCCACCGAUGCUGCCAGACCUGCUGAGUUUUUCCAGGUAAUUCUGUUUUUGUAACAGGCUAUUCCAUAUCUGGUAAUGUGUAAUGAGAUGGGAUUAAUUAAUGACCUCAUAGUAAAGGAUCAUCUAGAUAAGAGGGAUCAUAACAUGCUAGAAUUCCACUUUUGAUCUGAGGGCAAAAAUUUGAGCCUGAAACUAGGCCUGGAUUUUUCCUACAGUGGGCGGGAGCAGUCAGGGGCAGGCUUGGACGUGAUCGCCACCCACGAUUGGCUGUGCGCCGCCAUUUUUAAGGCCCACCCAGCAUAAUGCAGGGCGGCAG